UUGUCUAAGGUGCUCGUUAUUUUAGGCGUGGAGCAGGUAGCCGAUCAGAUAGCUGACCUGUCCCAUUCGAAGACCACUGCUGUCGCUGGUGCUAUUUUACUCGAUUCACUCCACCCACACGUGCUGCGGGACGCGCGCCCGUUCGCGCGUGCGCCUGUAGCGACAGCGUUUGGGCGUGCGUCCGGCUUUCUUACGACCAAAAGCUGGACAGUGGGCUCGGUCGUUGCCGGUCUCGCCUUAUUCGCUGUUCAGCGACUGUUGGCGCACCGCACUGCUUAA